UGGGGUACAAGAUGUACGGUGCACAUGAUGGGGUACUCUCAGAGAAGAGGAAACAAAGGCGCAUCAGAACUACCUUCACCUCUGCUCAACUCAAGGAACUGGAGAGAGCCUUCCAGGAGACUCACUACCCAGACAUCUAUACACGUGAAGAGAUUGCUAUGAAGAUCGAUCUGACUGAGGCCAGAGUACAGGUGUGGUUCCAGAACCGCCGCGCCAAGUUCCGCAAGCAGGAGAGGCUGGCGCAGCAGAAGGCGCAGCAGCAGCAGCAGCAGCAGCAGCAGACAUCCACCAACAACAACAACAACAACGAGAACAGCAACGGUUCAACAAACACAGCAGCUGGCUCAGCGGCCAGUCCUAACGGGGCUGGGACAGGACCCAAGGCUGAAGGUAAAGGAACUUCCAACAGUACUGGUGGAGGCAGCAGCAGCUCCACCUCCACCUCCACCUCCAGCAAGACCCACCUCCACCACCAGCAGCCGGGCCCCAACAUGCCAACCUCCACCACCUCCAACACUGCUGCCUCCAACACUGCCCCCUCCACCACCUCCCUCCACCAGCUCGACCACAAGCCUGUUGUGGUGGGCAAGCUGGAGACGUCUCCCAAAUGGUCAUCUGCCGCCCCCGCGGCGUCAGCACCUGGUGGAGGCAGUGGUGCUGGGGGCGCAGGGGGUUGUAGCUCCCCCCUCACCGCCCUGGAGCGCCCCUCCUCGUGCCCCUCACCCGUCCCCCUCACAACCCUCACCGCCCACUCCGCCCACUCUGUCCACCACGGUGGCAACGUGGGCGUGCACGGCAGCAUGGGCGGCAUGCAGCAGGGCCACCCACCGCCCCCGUUUUCCCUGCUCAACCACACUGUCAACAACUACAUGCUGCCAGACCCUACCAAGAGUAACCUCAUCUCCCAGCUCUUCUAACUACCUCCAAUCACCCUCGACGACUCCUCUCAGAACCACCCACUCCAGCAGUAUCACCACCCACUCCAGCACCAACACCACCCACUUUGGCCAACGUUAGUAACCAUUGGACAGUCGGAGUCGAGGCCACUCAGGAGUGAUGGGUCAGCAGCUGCUGGUUCUCAGUGAGUGACGAGGAAUGUGCCACUCUGGUGACUGGCAGCUGUCACUGGUGACGUGGUUAUGUUUGUCAGCUGUCACUGGUGACAUGGUUAUGAUCAGCAGCUGUCACCGGUGGCAUAGUUAUGACUGACAGCUGUCACUGGUGACGCGACUAUGAUCGGACCUGUCACUAGUGACGUGGUAAACGUCACUGUGAUUGGCAGCUGUCACUGGAGACGUGGCAGACGUGGGUAUGAUAGUCAACAGUCACUCACCCAGAUUCUCCUGCGUAAAAUAAAGAUGUUCUAGACUAAGGAGAGAGCUGGCAAAAAUAUCAGAAAAAAACAAAACAAUGGCUGAAGAAAUCUUGUGGGCCAGCCAGCCAGACGUAUGGAUGAUUCUCUGUAUGGAAGCUGGAGACAAUACAGGUGACUGGAGUAGUGCUGGUGCUACUGACUCUUCAGGAGGCUGCUGGAGGGUGUGUGCAGGUGUGUACAGGUGUCGACGAGGACACAGCAAGGGUCACAGUAUGGAGACAGGACGGAGGACCACAGCCCACAGCUGGGCAAACGGCCGCUCACACAAGCUGGGCACGCAGUUGAACAGACAGCUGGGCAUGCUGCCCACCUGUGGGUGAACUGUACAUAUUAUUUGCGUGUUAUUCUCUUCUAGAUCAAUGACUGACGUGUAAUGUAUGGUGUAUGUGGGUGUUUUCACACACUUUCCAGUGAGUCUACUGCUGCAGGAACUAUGUUAACAAGUUAUAACAAAUUUAAUGUUCGUGCAAGACCGAUAUUGA